CUCGACGGCGACAAUGUAGCUUGAGCUAAAGUCAAUGCAAUGUCUCUGACUGAUACCCUUCACACUGUACAAAAGGGUCUCCUUCUUCCAAAGGCCUGGAAGGGAGUAUACUUGCGUCGUCCUUCUCGCCGGCGCGUCGCGCUACGAUGACGCGAUCACCGUGGGUCGUCCAGACCUCCUGACUUCGUCAACGAGACCGCAUCUUGCACCAUCGACAUUGGCUAUACAGCUGAUAAGUAGGCCGCCUCGCGGAGAACGGCGACUGACGACCUCUACUGCAAUCCCCCACCGCGAUCGACACCCAUUAUCACCUCGAGCACCCCUACCCAUCCACCAUGGCCGCCCCGAACCCCAACUUCUCCACUGUGCCCCUUCUUGACUAUAGCGCCGCCCUGGACCCCGAUCGUCGCGCCUCCUUCCUCCUCCAGCUCCGCCACGCCCUCAUCAACGUCGGCUUCCUCUACCUCUCCAACGCCCCCGUCUCCACCGCCCCCCUCCGCUCCUACAUCCCUCGCUUCUUCGCUCUACCACCGGAGGAGAAACGCGCCAUCGCGAUGACCAACUCCCCGCACUUCCUCGGGUACACCGCGUUCGGCACGGAGCGCACGCGCGGGGCGGUCGACCGGCGCGAGCAGCUCGACUUCGCGACGCCGCAUCAGAGCCGGUGGCGCGAGGGGGACCCGGAUUACUAUAACUUGUGGGGCCCGAGCCAGUGGCCGAAAGAGGAGGCGCUUCCUGGGUUCAGGGAGGUGGCGGAGAAGUACUUGUUGGAAGUGCAGGAGCUGAGCUAUGCGUUCGCGGGGCUGGUCGGGGAGGCGCUGGGGUUGGGGGAACAUCGGCUGGAUAGGUUCUAUGACAAGCCGGAGCUUAUGCAGCAUCGGGCGAAAAUUGUGAAGUACCCGGUGGUGGAGAGCGAGGGCGACGAUCAGGGCGUAGGCGCGCAUUAUGAUGCGGGGUUCUUGACUUUCCUUCUACAAGCAUCAGAACACGAGGGCCUGCAGGUGCAGAACCUGACUGGCGACUGGAUCGACGUCCCGCCAAUCCCUGGUACCUUCGUCAUCAAUAUUGGGAAGGCCCUCGAAUUCGUCACUCAAGGCCUCGCGCGAGCAACCUCGCACCGCGUCAAGUCCCCGCGAGGCUCGACACCCCGGUAUUCGGUGCCGUUCUUCCAGAAUAUCGGGUUGCAUAUGGUGUUGCCGGACGUGAAGUUGGAAUUCCCCGAGGAAAUCCUACGACUGAAGGAUGCGCGGGGGCAGGUUAGCAAGACUGAUUCUGUCAACUUUACCGAGUUCGACCGCGAGCCAUCUGGCAAGGUCAAUCUCAUCGGGCGGGUUAAGAGCCAUCCCGACGUCGGACAGAUCCACUACCCGGAGCUGUUCAAGCAGUACUUCCCCGAGGGUUUGCCUGCGACGUUCAAUGCGUACUGAACCACGCAUGCCGCAUGAAACCUAGACCACGUUUGUACCUAUAUGCACUAUCGAAAUAUUCUACCGAGCGGAUGCGAACGGGAGUCGCCAGGAAAUUAU